CGUGACGUAUUGUUUUACAGCCAGUGAAGUACCUUAUCCGUUCCCAGAAUGCCCUUCGCUCUCUCUUUCUCUGUGAAGUCUUCCGGCAAGGCAGACUUCUUUUUGGCACCAUGCCUGCCCUUCGACCUUUAACCAAGCCUAAGAUCGUCAAGAAGCGUACAAAGAAGUUUAUCCGCCAUCAGUCAGAUCGAUAUGUCAAGAUUAAGAAAAAUUGGCGUAAACCUAGAGGUAUUGACAACAGGGUACGCAGAAGAUUCAAGGGUCAAAUUUUGAUGCCAAAUAUUGGUUAUGGUAGCAACAAGAAGACCAAGCAUAUGCUGCCCAGCGGUUUCAGGAAAUUCCUGGUUCAUAACAUUAAGGAACUUGAGGUUCUACUGAUGAGCAACAAGUCAUACUGUGCUGAGAUUGCCCACAAUGUCUCCUCAAAGAACCGAAAAGCUAUUGUUGAGAGAGCUGCACAACUUGCCAUCAAGGUCACAAAUCCAAAUGCUAGACUACGCAGUGAAGAGAAUGAAUAAACUAGCAUUUAUCUCCCUUGAUUUGUUGUUGGCCAUUUGUUGAAUAAAAACUGAAACUUA